CGCAGUCAACAUGGGCACCGAUAUGCUGGAACUUGACUGCCAUUUAACCAAGGAUGAACAAGUGGUGGUGUUGCACGACAGGAAUCUGAAGCGGUCGACCGGGGUGGACGUCAAUAUAGCCGACCUCAAAUACUCAGAACUCCCUCCGUAUCUCUACAAGUUGGAUGUCACUUUCCAGAGAGAAUGCCCGUGUGAAGGUGAAGACAAACGCAUCCCUCUCCUUCAAGAGGUGUUUGAGGCCUUUCCCCACACGCCAGUCAACAUCGACAUCAAAGUGAACAAUGACCAGCUGAUUAAGAAGGUUUCCGAAUUGGUUCGCUCGUAUAAACGAGAACAUUUGACGGUUUGGGGCAGCGUCAGCCACGAGGUUGUGGAAAAGUGUCACAAAGAGAACAGCCACAUCCCCAUCCUGUUCUGCUUGCGCCGUGUCCUUCUUCUCCUCGGUCUCUUCUACACUGGCCUUCUUCCUUUCUUUCCCAUCACGGAGGACUUUUUGGAGAUCCCCAUGCCGUCCAUCUUCCUCAAACAGAAAGACUCAGAGAAGAUUUCAAGGAGCCAGCGAUUCACCAUAUGGCUUAUUGACGUAUUGUUAAUGAGGAAAUCCUUAUUUGACCACCUCACUGCUCGGGGAAUUCAGGUCUACAUCUGGGUGCUCAACGAAGACCACGAAUACAAGCGGGCCUUCGACCUGGGGGCCACCGGGGUGAUGACCGACUACCCUACCAAGCUGAAGGCAUUCCUCCACACCUAUCCGGCUUGAAGGCCAGGAAAAGCCGCUGUGGCUUCUUCGGAGGAGAAGAGCGGAAGAGACCAAACCUUGGAGUCCCACGGAGGUCCACCCUUCGAU